AGAACCAAUCGAUCUUUGAUGUGUAGCCACUACAGUACGCAUGCCGGCGCAUUGUAAUAGAUUCCGGUUCUGUACCCUCGCACACCCACCUUUAGCGGCGGCGCAACGCCAACCAACCAAGCGAACUGCUCAAAACAUCCAAUUCGAGAACACACAAGAAAUGUCUUCUCUCACUCUCUCCUCUCCUCGUUACCACCACCUCAGUUCCCAUGCCCACCUCCAUCGGCACCCCCACCCUCCCAUGGCUAUCAUACGCCAUCUAAACCUGCCCCACUUGAACCUCCGCCACAACCGUCGUCGCUACCUCUCAGUCGCUGCCGCCGCUCUCCGUCAAGACACUACCGCCUGGACCCAAGCCCCUCUCUCUGAGGUCCAAACCGCCGCCGAAGACCUCUUCCACGUUACCAUCGACGUUUCCGAUUCACCGGAUCUAGUUGCCUCCCAUACGCGCCCCGGGCAAUACUUGCAGCUCCGGCUGUCCGACGCGGAGAAGCCUUCCUUCCUUGCUAUUGCCUCUCCGCCGUCUACCUCUACGUCGAAAGGAGAAUUUGAGUUUCUCGUCAAGAGUGUCGCGGGCUCUACGGCUGAGCUUCUCUGCGGGCUAGGGAGAGGCGAUGUGGUUGAGUUGAGCCAAGUUAUGGGUAGAGGUUUCGAUAUCAGUCAGAUCUCGCCGCCCGAGGAAUACCUUACUGUUCUUAUUUUCGCCACUGGCUCGGGAAUUAGUCCAAUUCGAUCUGUCAUUGAGUCAGGCUUCGGUGCCAGAAAAAGAUCAGAUGUGAGGCUUUAUUAUGGAGCUAGAAAUCUUCAAAGAAUGGCUUACCAGGAUAGGUUUAAGGAUUGGGAAUCUUCUGGUGUUAAGGUUGUGCCUGUAUUGUCACGAUCAGAUGAUAGAUGGGAGGGUGAACGUGGCUAUGUACAGGCUGCCUUUGAUAGAGCCAAACAAACGUACAAUCCUUCAUCCACAGGUGCACUUCUCUGCGGGCAAAAACAAAUGUCUGAGGUUUGUCUUUGUUUCAAAAUCAGUUAAUUAAUUUCUUUAAGC